GCUGACAUGUCGCAAAAUCAGCUGUUCCUUAUAUUUAAUUUAACUUUAAGUAAAUUUAAAUAGAAAUAUGUGAAAAAACCAGUGUGAAACUGUUAUUAAUGAUUAAGUGAUUAUAAAUAUUGUAAUAAAUCGUGACAUGCAACUAUAAAUAAGCGACACAACCAGACAAAGGACUCGAGUACAGAGGGCGGCUGCCGGUGUUUGAAAAUUAACUGCUUUAACCGGGGGAGUAUUGCUUUUAGUACCUAAUUUAAUCUUAUAUUUUAUUUAUUUCUAUUUUCCUUCACUCACAUAUAUUAUUUGGUGUGUUUCAGGAUUUUAUAUACACAAUGGCACCCACAACCAGGAGGGCAGCAGUAAUGGAGGAGCAAGAGAAACUAAGAACUGCCCUCCGGGAACUGAAGUUGCUGAAACAGCUAAAUGAACAGUUGUUGAAGGAACAAGAGGACAGUGAAGUUGAGUUAAGAGCCAUUAUUGCCAAGAACACUCAAUUGAAGGCUGAACUAGCUGACUUGAACAAAGUUCAUACUCUGGUACUCGAGGAACGGGACCAACUCCAGGAUGCAGUUGGCUCAUUCAAUCAGUGCAUCCAAACAUACGAUGAGGCUCUUAGCAAGAUUUCUAUGUUAGAGAAUGAAUUGAGUAGGGCUCAGAAAACAAUUGAUGACCUUCAGUCUCAAUUGCAAAGUUAUGAAGCAAAGGACACAAAUAAUUUAUAUGACGAACUGCUCACUUCAUCCUCAAUAGCGCCAGUAGUGACCAUCGAUCUGACAUGUGACAGUCCUUGUGCUAGUGAUACUAAUCCACUACGGGAAGAUAACUUAGUAAACUUAAAUAGCCAUAAUAAAAUAAAAAAAUACAUUAAACUUAACAAAAUUAUCAGGAAAACACAAAGAUUGACAAAAUGUCAUAAAACCUAUACAAGAAAUAUUUCAUCAUUACAAAAGGAACGUUCCCAAUUAGUAAAUAAGCUUGAUGCUUGUUGCAUAUCCUUAACAGAACUGCAGAAUAAAUAUGAUGUGGAUGUUCAAACCCUAAAUGAUGAAAUUUCCAAAUUGACUCAGUCUCUUCAUAAAGUUACCGACCUAUACGAGCUGUCACAAAAACAGGUCCAUGAGCAAAUACUGGCAGCGGACCAAUUGUUAACAUUAAGUAACUAUAACAUGGCUCGUUUUGAGUCAUUAACAAAUAGGUAUGAUUGUUCUCCAAAUGUACCUAUAAUUUGCCAAAAUAGCCCUACAGUGCUCCCUGUGAAAGCAGAUACUUGCCCAGGGCAGUGUAGCAUAGAUGUUAGGGUUCCUUCAUCAGACAAUAUGAAUCCCUCAACUAAGCCAAUAAAACAAACUGUAAUUAUUUCUGACAGCUUAGGUAGAGGGCUCGGCUCCAUGAUGAGCUAUUACUUAAAGCAUUCAGUGAUUAAUAGAUGUUCCCCUGGUGCUACUUUUUACCAUUUAAUUAAUAAUUUAAAUGAAAAAUCAUUGGAUAGCAAUACAAAUGUCAUAUUGUUGUUUGGGGACAGUUUGCAAGUCAAAAAACAACAGAUUGUAAAAUGCAUUCAAAAAUUACUAAUUUUACAUGAGAAAACCAAAUGUAAAUUUGUCUUGUGUGCCUUUCCUUAUUCUGGUACAUUUAAUAAACAACAAAAUGAGAAUAUACAUACAUUAAAUUUGAAAAUGUAUAAUCUGACAAAAUAUUAUAGCGAAGCUAUUUCUUACUUUGAUAUUAAUAGUUUUACUAAUAAGUUUAGAUUGACCGGUGACAGUAUGCAUCUUCCAAAGAGAUGCAAGAUGCAUAUUGCUUCACUAUUAGCAUAUAAUUUAAAUGAUUCAGUUACAAGUGUUGUAACAAAGUCUCUUGACUCUUUUACAAACCGUACGUCUAGUACUAAUAUUUUCUGUAUUGACUCGAGUACUUCCAGUACUAAUAUUUCAAUUAUUGACUCAAGCAAUGGUUUAUGUACUAUUAGGAACCCUAUUGCUUGUUUAAACUAGAUAGUAAGACAACGGAGGAGCUCUGUAAAAUGAAUACUGUACAUCAAAACAUACAGAGCCUCACCGGCAAGGAUGGUAAAAUUUUUAAAUCAAGUAGUAACACAACAGACAAGCAAUGUAUGAUUAAUCUUGUACACCAAAAUAUACAGGGCUUGUCUGGAAAAGAAUAUGAAAUUGAACUUUUUAUAAAAAAAUUAGAUAUCGAUAUUCUAUGCCUUACUGAGCAUU